CUCACAACCUUCUGUCACGUCUUUGCCUCUGUUUUAUAGUCUGGGGUGGGGGGAGGAGAGGAAUACAACAACUCACUUGGCUCUGCACCAGCAGGAGACAUGUCUCAUAAAUGGGGAUACGGAUCGAACAACGGUCCUGACAAAUGGGAAGAAGAUUUCCCAAUCGCCAACGGGCCCCGACAGUCUCCCAUCGACAUCGUCCCGAAAGAAGCCAGGUUUUCGCCCGCCCUCAAGCCUCUGAGACUCCAAUACGAGCCGUCCGACUCCCUGAACAUUCUCAACAAUGGCCACUCCUUCCAGGUGGACUAUUUGGAUGAUGUGGAUUCUUCCAAGUUGACAUGCUGUUUCCUCGCAGCCCUCACCGGAGGUCCCAUUUCCGGAACGUACCGUCUGAAGCAGUUCCAUUUCCACUGGGGAGCCGGCGAUGAAAGGGGUUCCGAGCACACCGUCGACGGCAUCAAGUUCCCCUGCGAGCUUCACCUGGUGCACUGGAACACCCAAUAUUCCGCCUUUGGAGAGGCUGCCGGCAAAGCGGACGGACUCGCUGUGGUUGGGGUCUUCCUCAAGAUUGGCGCCGCCAACCCCAGGCUGCAAAACGUGUUGGAUGCCUUGGGUGCUAUCAAAACUAAGGGAAUGCAGACCACCUUUGCGAACUUUGACCCGGAGACUCUUCUUCCUGGCUCUCGUGACUAUUGGACGUACGAUGGCUCUCUGACCACGCCGCCUCUUUUGGAGAGCGUCACGUGGAUUGUUCUCAAGGAGCCGAUAAGUGUCAGCCCUGCGCAGAUGGCAAUGUUCCGCAGCCUGCGCUUCAGUGGAAAAGGAGAGGACGAGUGCCGCAUGGCAGACAACUACCGACCUCCUCAGCCUUUGAAAGGUCGGCAGGUCCGUGCCUCCUUCAGAUGAACAAGGCCUUCUUCCAAAUCGACGUUUCCCAAUGCGCCGUGAGCAGUUAGUGUGCCGUGAGAGGUCAUCGGGUGCGCCGCGGGAAAAAUGAUCGCUUCAUUGGGACGGAAAUGAUUGAUUGACGACAAAUAAUGUAUCUCCGGCUCGGGUAGAACAAUCAAAUGCUCUCACGCUAGAUGAUAAUGAAGCGCUUUGUGUGACCUUAUUGUUGUGUGGUGUGUGUGUUUUGGGUUUUUUUUCCUCCAAAGUGAAUCGUGCGCCUUGGCUCAUUAAAGGAUGGCAAGCAUUGAUUUACA